AUGAACGGCGCGACAGGGACCGAGGUGAUCGUGGUGAGCGUCGCCGAUCGCGUUCGCCUCAUCAUGGAUCUCGUACCUCGCGCCGCGAGGCUGAGGCUAAUACCUAUUCGACCAGUCGUGAUUACCGUGCCCGAGAGCGUGAGGACCGUUAUUCGACCAACCGCCGAGAUGACCGAGAAUGGGACCGUGGAGAUCGUGGUGGGGAUCGCGGCGAUCGUGGUGAUCGUGGUGAUCGUGGUGAUCGCCAUCGCCGUGAUUUUGAUGAUCGUCCUCCUCGCCGCGACCUGUUUGACGACCGACGUGGUGGAGGCCGGGGUGAUCGAGGUGAUCGUGGCGAUCGUGAUCGUGACCGAACCCACGCCUGAUCUCACCGACGUCGAAUCAAUCCUGACUCGCAAGCGCCGUCUCACUCAGUGGGACAUCAAGCCCGCCGGCUACGAAAACGUCACCGCUGAACAAGCAAAACUCUCCGGCAUGUUUCCUUUGCCUGGUGCCCCUCGACAGCAACCCAUGGAUCCCAGUCGCCUGCAGUCGCUGAUGAACCAGCCGGCUAGCUCUGCGGAGGCCAACGCGCUGAAGCCUUCCAACUCGCGCCAGGCCAGACGCCUCUUUGUCCACAAUAUCCCUCAGAAUGCUACCGUCGAGUCUCUUGUUUCCUUGUUCAACUUGCAGCUCAACGGCUUGAAUGUUAUUCACUCCACUGAUCCAUGCACCUUAGCCCAUAUUUCUGACGACCGAUCUUACGCGCUUCUCGAAUUCAAAACACCUGCCGAUGCUACUGUCGCCCUCGCAUUUGACGGCAUUACAAUGGAAGAGGGUGAUGAAAAGGGCCUGGAGGUGCGCCGUCCUAAGGACUACAUUGUUCCGACGCCUGAGGAGCAAGAGUUCCAGCAGGGCGUUCUCCUGAAUGAAGUCCCUGAUUCCAAGGACAAGAUCUGUGUUUCCAACAUCCCGCCCUACAUCCCCGAGGAUUCGGUCAUCAUGCUGUUGAAGUCCUUUGGCGAACUCAAGUCGUUCAUCCUGGUCAAAGAUGCAUCGACGCAGGAGUCUCGCGGUAUUGCUUUCUGCGAGUACGUUGAUCCCAGCACUACUCCAAUCGCUGUUGAGGGCCUUAACGGAAUGGAAUUGGGCGAUCGCCACCUCAAGGUUGUUCGUGCCAGUGUCGGACACACCCAAGCCGCCGGUCUGGAUAUGAGUGUCAAUGCCAUGUCGAUGUUUGCGAAGACUACGUCUUCUGACCUGGAGAGGGGCCGCGUGUUGCAGCUGCUCAACAUGGUCACCGAAGACGAGCUGCUCGACAACGAUGACUAUGAAGAGAUCUAUGAAGAUGUCCUGGAUGAGUGCAACAAAUUCGGCAAAGUCCUCCGCAUCAAGAUCCCUCGCCCUGGUCGCCAGACCGCUGGUGUAGGCAAAAUUUUUGUCAAGUUCGAAACCAACGAAGCAGCAGCCACUGCCCUCCAGGCGUUAGCGGGCCGCAAGUUUUCUGAUCGCACCGUCGUCGUGUCUUAUUUCGGAGAGGAGAAUUUCGAUGUGGAUGCCUGGUGA